ACAUCGACAGAGAUGAGAAGCAAGACACGGUGCCCGCACCGGUAACCGUGGCAGCAACGGGAUCGGCCAAAACAACUGUAGCGGCUACACCGUGCGUAGCCAAAAUGCCCAGUGUCAACGCCGCACACUCACACCCAGAGCCAGCCACGGACACGAGCACCCAGUCUGUGCCACGCAUGAGUGCCGAGGAAGUGUCCAAACCUAUGGAUCUUAGUAUGGACGCCAGUGCCUUGGAUACCAGCGUGAACCUGUCUGAAGCCCCCAAGCGUGUGCGCAAGCGGAUCAGCUAUGUAGUCAACGACUCGGAGAGCGAUGAAGAGCAUGGUGACCUGCCCAACAAGAAGCGCAGCUUGAAGAAGAAACGUGUGGUGGAGAGCGACUGCGACAGCGAGGGCUAUAUACCGGACGUAUGUGUGUAG